CAUUCCGGGGCAGUUUGAGUGCUGGCAACUGAGCUGCUGUGGUGCCGUCAGAUCAUGAGCCCGACCACACACUGGGGAGAGAAGUUCCUGAAUCUGCGGGUUCCCCCCGCUGGGGUAUUUGUUGUGGCCUUCCUUGCCCGAGUGGCCCUGAUUUUCUAUGGGGUCUUCCAGGACCGGGCCCUGCUAGUGAGGUAUACAGACAUCGACUACCAGGUUUUCACGGACGCCGCGCGUUUCGUCACGGAAGGGCGCUCCCCCUACCUCAGGGCGACGUACCGAUACACUCCCCUGUUGGGGUGGCUACUCACUCCCAACAUCUAUCUCAAUGAACUGUUUGGAAAGUUUCUCUUCAUCAGCUUCGACCUCCUCACCGCCUUCCUCCUAUACCGGCUACUGCUUCUUAAGGGGCUGGGUCGCCGCCAGGCUUGCGGGUACUGUGUCUUUUGGCUUCUUAAUCCCCUACCUAUGGCGGUGUCCAGCCGAGGCAAUGCGGACUCGAUUGUCGCCUCCCUGGUGCUUACGACCCUGUACCUAAUAGAAAAAAGACUCGUCGCGUGUGCCGCUGUAUCCUAUGGUUUCGCAGUGCACCUGAAGAUGUAUCCGGUGACCUAUAUCCUUCCCAUUGCCCUCCACUUGCUUCCGGAACGCGACAGUGACGAAGGUCUCCGUCAAUCCCGAUAUUCUUUCCAGGCUCGUUUGUACGAAUUCCUGAAAAGGUUGUGUCAUCGGGCUGUGCUGCUCUUCGUAGCAGUUGCUGGACUCACGUUUUUUGCCCUGAGCUUCGGUUUUUAUUACAGAUAUGGUUGGGAGUUUUUGGAGCACGCCUACCUUUAUCACCUGACCAGGCGGGAUAUCCGACACAACUUCUCUCCGUACUUCUACAUGCUGUAUUUGACCGCAGAGAGCAAGUGGAGUUUUUCCUUGGGAAUUGCCGCAUUCCUGCCGCAGUUCAUCUUACUUUCAGCAGUGUCUUUCGCCUAUUACAGAGACCUUGUCUUUUGCUGUUUUCUUCAUACGUCAAUUUUUGUGACAUUUAACAAAGUCUGCACCUCCCAGUACUUUCUUUGGUACCUCUGCCUCCUGCCUCUUGUGAUGCCACUAGUGAGAAUACCUUGGAGAAGAGCUAUGGUUCUCCUGAUGUUAUGGUUCAUCGGGCAGGCCUUAUGGCUGGCUCCUGCUUAUGUUCUUGAGUUUCAAGGAAAGAACACCUUUCUGUUUAUCUGGUUAGCCGGUUUGUUCUUCCUCCUUAUCAACUGUUCCAUCCUCAUUCAAAUCAUUUCCCAUUACAAGGAGGAACCCCUGACAGACAGAACCAAAUAUGACUGAUAAGCUCCAAUCCUUCUGCGACUUGGCUUCUGAUUGUUCUGAAUGGAUCAGAGAGAGCUUUGGAGAAAUUUUUUUGAACAUCCUAAGCACUCUAGUGAAAGUUCAGUUUGAGCAUAAAACUAUUCCAACAAAUUUUAAUGAAUGUUUGCUUACUUAUAGAGGGCUCAGUAAUUGAGUUUCACCCUUUGGGAAAUCUCAGGACUCAUUCAUCCGGGACAUGAUGGGAAGUAAAGGUUCAGUUCAGUUCAGUUCAGUCGCUCAGUCGUGUCCGACUCUUUGCGACCCCAUGAAAUGCAGCACACCAGUCUUCCCUGUACAUCACCAAAAUUCACCCAAACUCAUGUCCAUUGAGUCUGUGAUGUCAUCCAGCCAUCUCAUCCUCUGUCAUCCCCUUCUCCUCCUGCCCCCAACCCCUCCCA